UCCCCUCAAACCUCUCCUAUGGUUUAAGACAUCUCAGGAAAGGGGAAGAUAAGCUCCUCCAUCAGCAGAUCAUGGCUCUUAUCUUCAUCAAGUGGCCCACACUUUGGUUACCAGUGCAAUGAGAAAUUAAAAAAAAAAUAGCACACUCUAUGACUGACUGUCAGCUCACAGUCACUCAAAUCAGAACUGGAAUGCCACAAAAACAACUCCCUGUUAGCCCAGAGGAAAAAAAAAAAAAAAAAGAAAGUAAAGGGGAAAUUCAGAUUAGUCACAAAGAAGUUCCCCCGCCUGACUGCAAAAGCUGCAGCAUUAAAACUGAGAGACUCCACUCUGCUCUCUCAAUUGCUUCUUAUCUCUGGUCCUGGGACCUCAUCUGUUUUCUGAUUAAUAUCCUUUGUGUUGUCUCCUUGCCUUCUUUACAGGGAAGAGGCCAGUCCUCAUCUGGGUCUGCCUUUGCCAUAGUUUUCAUUUUCCCUGCAUCCAGAUUUUGAAGAUGGAAGGGGCCCAACUCCAGGAUGGGAAUGUGGGCCACACAGGAGGGUGGAGACUCCUGAAGAACAAGCUCUUGUUGGUGGCCUUACUGAUUCAGGGACUGGGGCUGCUCUUGUGUCUCACCUACAUCUGCCUACACUUCCACACUUCUCAGGUGCCCCUUCAGAGUUCUCUGGUUCAAAGUAUAAGAGCAGGAUUUACCAGAUGUGAAGAUGAGAAAGGCUUCAUUCUGACAUCCUUAGACAAUGACACAACUAUGAAGAUAGAAAACAACACAGUCACUAUUGACUGUGAUGGCUUUUACCUCAUCUCCCUGAAGGGCUACUUCUCAGAGACAAUCCACCUCACGCUUUUCUACCGGAAAAACCAACAACCUCUCUUCUCCCAGAAUAUUACCAAGAUAGUCAAUUUUGUCACGGUGAUCCGUAUGGCUUACAAAGACAAAGUCUACUUGAAGAUGACUUCCCCCAAUAUUUCAUGCAAAGACAUUCAGGUGAAUGGUGGAGAACUGAUUCUCAUCCAUCAAAGUCCUGGGUCAUUCUGUGCCAAUUGAGGAAGCUAUGAAAUGGUGA